AUUUAAAUUUUAAAAUAAUAAGUAAAAAAAAUCAAAAAAUAAAUUAAAAAUUGACAUCCACCAUGCGUCAAUAUUACAGUCUAUAUUCAUUUAUUUUUAUUUUGAUGGAAUAUAUUCAAAUUAUCAGCAUCCCUCAAUUUUAAUACUCUAUAUAUACUCUUCUUUGAGUAGUCCAUUGCGCCAAACAAAGAUAUGAGGAUCUUCACAAAGCUCUCUGCACCACUCUGCCUCCUUUUUGUCUUCUUCUGUCUUAAAACUGCCUUCUCAUCCUCUAUACAUGCUUCUUCCUUCUCAACAACGCAUCUCUGCUCUCAUGAGGAGGCUCUUGCUUUGCUGCAAUUCAAGACAUCCUUCUCCAUCGAUUACACUGUUUGGGAAAAUUAUUGUGGGCAAAAUUAUUCUAAGAUGGAGUCAUGGAAGGAAGGUAUAGACUGUUGUUCCUGGGAUGGGGUUAGCUGUGAUAAUGUCACAGGCCAUGUAAUUGCCCUUAAUCUCAGCUGCAGUUUCCUUUAUGGCACCUUUCGUUCCAACAGCACUCUUUUCUUCCUCAAAAACCUGCAGAGCCUCAAUCUUUCCUGGAAUGAUUUUAGGCAUUCCAAGAUUCCAUCGGAAAUCAGUCAGUUUACUAGACUAAAGCAUCUUGAUGUCUCUUUUUCUCAAUUUUCGGGCCAAGUUCCGGAAGAAAUUGCUCACCUCCCCAAGUUAGUUUCUCUCAAUCUCUCAUCUAGCGACUUUUAUGAUGAUUCUCUUGAAUUGAUCCUUGAAACAACUACCUUCAAAAAUCUUGUUCAUAACUUGAGUGAGGUGAGAGAACUUGUGCUUGGUGGAGUGAACAUGGCAUCUGCUAAUCCUCGUUUCUUCAUGAAUCUCUCUUCUUCAUUGACUACUCUUGAUCUUUCCAACAGUGUGUUAAGAGGAAACUUUCCAAACAGUAUUUUCCGCUUUCCGAAUCUCAAGAAUUUUUUUUUAAGUGGAAGCGAAAACCUCACUAUUGAUCUUCCUAGUUCCAAUUGGAGCAGUCCUCUCCAACAGUUGUAUUUACAUGAUAUGGAUUGCGGAAGGCGAUUGCCAGAGUCUAUAGGAGAUCUAAAGUCAUUACAAUCUCUAAGCCUCGUUUAUAACAAUUUUAGAGGACAAAUCCCAUCAUCACUUGCAAACCUCACCCAACUUACCUCUCUUUCCCUUUCCAAUAAUCAGUUUUCUGGCGUGUUGCCACCUUGGAUUUUCACCCUGCCUUUGUUAGAGGACUUGUAUCCCAAUCAUAACAAAUUUCAAGGUCAAAUAAAUCAAUUCUCACAAAAAUCACUCAUACAUCUAGAUUUGUCAAACAAUAAACUCCAGGGCUCAAUUCCCAACUCAAUUGCUAACUUAGUAAAUCUUAGUUAUCUUGAUUUAUCAUCAAAUCAUUUUAGUGAUUUUGUAGAACUUGACAUGUUCUUGGCACUUCAAAAUCUGGAAACCAUCAUUCUUUCAUCCAAUAAUCUGUCCUUGAGAAUGAAUGUUGAUGCCAACUUCACAUUACCCAAACUAACUGAUGUUUUCUUGUCUUCUUGUAACUUGAGUGAAUUCCCCAAUUUCUUAAGACAUUCAAAUGGUCUACAAAGCCUAGUGCUAUCCAAAAAUAGCAUUCAUGGAAAUAUUCCCGAAUGGAUAUGUGAAAAGGAUGAUCUCAAAAUUCUUGAUCUUUCUCAUAACAAUUUAAUCGGGAAGAUUCCAAAUCGUCUUCCUAAGUUUCUCUCAGUGUUGAAUUUGCAGGCCAAUUACUUUGAUGGAAAUAUUCCAUUUGGGUUUCCAGAGGGCUGUGGAUUACAAAAUCUCAACUUGCAUGGAAAUCAAAUGGAAGGGCUAUUACCAAGAUCUUUAGUGAAUUGUAGCAUGUUAGAGGUUCUAGAUGUUGGCAACAACAACAUAAGUGAUACAUUCCCUCAUUGGUUGGAAUCUCUACCAGACCUUCAAGUGCUUGUCUUAAGGUCCAACAAGUUCCACGGUUUUGUGCAGAGCACCAAAGAAAGUCCAUCUUUUCCCAAGUUGCGAGUUCUUGACCUCUCCAGCAAUGAUUUUCGUGGCCCUUUGCCUGUUCGGUACAUUGAAAAUUUUAAAGCGAUGAUGGACAUUUAUAGAGAUGAGGGUUCUCCUGAAUACAUGAAUAUCGGUUCUUAUCAAUAUUCACUGGUUGUGACAUUGAAGGGAUUCGACUAUGAGCUGCAGAGAAUCUUGACCAUAUUCAGUAGUAUUCAUCUCUCAAAUAACAUGUUUGAGGGAGAAAUUCCAGAUGUUAUUGGAAAGCUUAGUUCUCUCAAAGGGCUUAAUCUUUCUCAUAACAACCUUACUCGUCAUAUCCCACCGUCACUAGGGACUUUGACGGAUCUGGAAUGGUUGGAUCUCUCUUCCAAUGAGCUGGUGGGGAAAAUUCCUGAUGAAUUGGGCAAUCAGUUCAACACCUUUGGAAAUGGUUCUUAUGAAGGAAACAAUGGACUGUGUGGAAUCCCAUUGUCAAAAUCUUGUGAUGGAAUUGGGACACCACCGAGCUUCUUCCAAGAAAAAGAUGAGUUUUGGAGAUUUGGCUGGAGAGUUGUGGUGUUAGGCUAUGGAUGUGGAGUUUUUGUUGGACUGGAGAUGGGAUAUCAUGUCUUCCGAGCAGGAAAACCAAAAUGGUUUGUGUCUUUGUUUGAUGGCCGACCAAGUCAAAGUGGAAGGAAGAUGAGGAAAGCCAGAAGACUUGUUCAAAGAAGAAGCUAGUUGCAGAGUUGAUGUUUUAGAGCUUUUGAUUUAAUGUUUCCUGAAUAAAGUGCUUUUCAGGUUUGAAGUUCUUGUUAUGGCUGGCAUUGGCUUGUCUAAAAUUGUCAGCCUUCUCUUGUCUUUAUUAUGCUUUGUAAUUUUGUCUUUCUUUAUUGUAAAAUAUAUUUGAAGGUUCAAG